AAGAUCGAUUUAAUAUAUGCUGGAUUGAACGUUCAGUACGUGCUCCGCUUUCUAUUCGAGCAGAAGAAAAAGCAGAAUGGAAACCUGAAGACCCACGGCGAGCUUCGCAAAUACAAAGAUGCUAUCCUAUGGGGAGCUAAAGUUGCCAAGCAAAGACUUCCUCGAAGCUUCUACGAAGAGAUGGACACUUUCCUGCAAAGCUACAAGAAAGAGUUCGCGCAAGCAAAGAAGCAAGGUAGUGUGGACGAACAAGAAGCUGACCCAAUCACGUUUUCCCUGUAUUCCCUCAUUCUUGACUGGGCAGUCGAAAGCAACAAUGUCUUUGUCUGGUUCUGGACACUGUCGCAGUGGAAUUUUAUGGCAAGAUGCGCAUCCAUUGAUCCUUUGCGUUUCCACAAUUUCAAAGUGGGACAGGACAGUAUCAUUGGGAAGUAUGACGACCAGAAGGCAGACAAAGCGGGGGAGAAGUUGUCAGAAAAGAACAUAUACGCCAAUCCAUUCAACUGGAAGCAAUGCUUCUGGACAGGCUAUGGGAUUUACGUUGCCUUAAAUGCAGACCGACUAGCAUCGGAUGAGCGACUGUUCCUCAGCCAAUCGGCGAAGGAGGGGAGUGCCUCGAAGAGAUAUUGCGAGCAGCUGACAACCAUCAUUGAGAAGCACGAGACAGAAGUCAUGGCCCACUUACGCCCCAAGCAUUUCAAUCCUUAUGGUUUGCGCAAGGGAGCAGCCACACAUGCCGUAUCAGGAACAACCCAAUCGCCAUCGCUUCCAUCUGUUGCAAGAAGAGGUGAAUGGUCUCAAGGGCAAGUACUGGACGUGUACUGGCACUUUGCCUCUAGUGGAGACCACUACCUUGGACGAAUUCUAGCCGGUCUUCACCCAAACAAAGUUGGAUUUGCGACACUGCCACCUCACUUCACCAUGAACGAUGCACGCAACAAUCCGGUGAUUCUUAAAGCAAUGGAAAUGCUGUACCAACCACUUCUCACUGCUUACCAGGGCAAGAGCAACAAUCCACUCCCAAUACUGUUACGGUGCCUUGCUUGCAUUGUGUAUCACUCAGACAGUCUUAUUCAAGCAAUGGUGAGAACUCCAGGACAUGAUUUUUCCAAGCUCGCUAUUCUCCACGACCGUCCACUCCUUGCAGAGCUACAACGCCUUGUCACUACAGAACCAACAAAGAAUGUCAUGUCCGUUGCUACAGGUAUACCGCCACACGUUGAACUUGCCAUGCAGCUCCAGUGCGUCUUGGACAUGGCGAGCAAAGUGAUCGCGACUACAGAAACUCAGUCUGACCGGAUUGUUACCACUGUAAGAGAAGCGAUACAAGAGCAAGCUUGGCAGAGUGGCCACAUUACUGGCCCAAAGCUACUGGAGACACUUCAACAAUUUCAAAAAGAAUCACUCGCUACUCUGACAAUCGACUUGUUGAAAUGA